GGCCAUGUCGAGGCGUUUCUCGCUCGACAGAUCGUAGCCAAGUAACAAACUACGACUUCUCAUCAUCUCCAAACGACAGCCGCUCCCUACAGCACCAACGCGCCAAUGGACGAGGGCAAGCAAGUCUGGUUCAACACGGGAGGAGAGUACCUUCUGUAUGGCACUGUGUUGGUGUCACGAGGAGAACUGCUGACCGUCAAGGCAGAAGAGGAUGGAAAUGAACAUACAGUUGAAUUGAGGAAGACGAGGCCAGUGGCUGAGGUAGACCCACCGACAGGAGUGGAGGACAUGAUUCAGCUAAGUGAUCUGCAUCAAGGCUCGUUGUUGAGAAACAUCAGAAAACGCUACACAUCUAAACUAAUCUACACCUACACAGGCAGCAUUCUUAUUGCUGUAAAUCCCUACAAGCUGUUUGAUAUCUACAACCUCAACAUGGUUCGACGGUAUGAAGGACAACUGAUCGGCAAGCUGCCACCUCACAUAUUUGCUGUCGGAAGUUCAGCGUAUGCGAACAUGUUGAAGGCAAGGGAAGAUCAAUGUGUAGUGAUUAGUGGUGAAAGUGGGGCCGGCAAGACAGAGUCCACAAAGCUUAUCAUGCAGUACCUGGCUGCAGUCAAUCGAGCUCCAAGUAACUUGACAACCGAGCAAAUUCUCGAGGCCAAUCCAUUGUUGGAAUCAUUUGGAAAUGCGAAGACAGUGAGGAAUGAUAAUUCGAGUCGAUUUGGAAAGUAUCUGGAGAUUAACUUUGAUCGAAGAGGUGUGAUUGUCAGUGCAAAAGCGACUGAAUAUUUACUUGAGAAGUCUCGUAUUAUUUAUCAGGCAAAUGAUGAACGCAAUUAUCACAUCUUCUAUGAGAUGCUGAAGGGAUUAACAACCGAAGAGAAACAGAAAUAUGGCCUGUUGACGGCAGACGACUAUUUCUAUCUCAACCAAGGUGGUGCUUGUCAUCUUCAAAGCAAAGAUGAUGAUGCCGACUUUGGUCGGCUUGUUGCAAGCACAGAAGUGCUUGGAUUCUCUCACGGUGAGAAGGAUGCAAUCUUUAGGAUUCUAGCUGCUGUUCUGCAUUUGGGAAAUCUCUGCUUUAGCAUGGAAGUGAAGAGUGGCCAAGAUGCAUCAGUUGUCGACUCUGAGAAUGAGUUACGUGCAGUUGGUGCUCUCCUUAUGACUCCAGUUGAUGGAUUACGUUUGUCACUGACACACAAAUUGACUGAAACUCGUGGUGAACGAUUUAGGACGCCACUGAACAUUGAGAGGGCGCUGGACACGAGAGAUGCUCUUGCUAAGUCUCUUUAUUCUAAGUUGUUUGCAUGGCUGGUUAAGCGGGUCAAUUUGAUUAUUGACAAACAGAAGAAAGUGACGUCUAUUGCUGUCUUGGAUAUCUUUGGCUUUGAGGAUUUCAAGUUGAACAGUUUUGAACAGUUGUGCAUCAACUAUGCUAACGAGAAUCUUCAAUUCUACUUCAAUCAGCACAUAUUCAAACUCGAGCAGGAGGAAUAUAGUCGGGAGGAGAUCAGCUGGGAAACCAUUGAAUUCAAUGACAAUCAACCCUGUCUUGAUCUCAUUGCAAGAAAACCACUCGGAGUUCUCCACAUUCUUGAUGACGAGAGCAACUUCCCAAAGGCUACUGAUCAAUCGUUUCUUGACAAGCUGCUACAGCAGCAUGCAAAGAACAAGUACUUUGAUGGUCCAAAGACCAAGCAGCCAGUGUUUGCAGUUCACCAUUAUGCGGGCACAGUUUGGUAUACGGUUUCGAUGUUUCUGGACAAAAACAGAGAUAUUCUACGUUCUGAUCUUAUUGAGUUACUCAACAGCAGCUCAUCACAGUUUGUCUCUUCUCUCUUUGCUGAAGACUACAUGUUCGGCAUGUCAUCUGGAGCGAGGAAAAAGAAGACUCCAACAGUGGCAGCAAAGUUUCAUCAGUCUUUAUCAGAACUGAUCAGUGCCAUGCAAAGUUGUCACCCAUUCUUUGUUCGUUGCAUUAAACCUAAUGCUAACAAGGCUCCUAUGGUAUUUGAGAACAAACUGGUUUUGGAUCAGUUGCGAUACUCUGGGAUGCUGGAAACAAUUCGUAUUCGAAGAGCCGGUUUUCCUGUACGGUUGAAAUUUUCUGUUUUUGCUAGAAGAUAUCAAUGUCUAGUGGAAGGUCUUCCUGUGAAUGCUGUUGAUGAUCGAGGCGCCUGCAUUCGUAUCAUUCAAAAACUCGAUUCUAAAAUCAAGUCUGCAUAUCAACUGGGAUUGACAAAGGUCUUCUUGAGAGAGACAGCGGAGCAAAGGCUUGAAGAGGCUCGAGCGAUUAGACUUCGUGGUGCUGCAGUGCUCAUACAGAAACGGGUUCGAGGCUACCUUGCACGAAUGCAAUACCUCAAAUUGAGGCAAGCCGUGAUAGUCAUUCAGAGGUACAUAGCAACAUGGCUGGCAAGAACUCACUACAUCCAGAUGAGACAACGAGUAAUCCGGGUGCAAUCUUACGUUCGAAUGCAUCAGCAGCGCAAGCGCUACGUUACUAUACGUGAUGCUCAUCGCCGAGAACAAGAGGAACUCAAGAGGAUGAGAGAGGAGGAGGAAGCGAGACGAAAGGCUUUCGAAGAGAGUUCGAGAAUGAUUCACAGUCCGCACAUCAUGCCUGAGCCUGCAGGCCCCAUGCUGGAUGUAACAAGUCUGGAGAUACCAACCGAACUGGCUUUGAUAUUAGACUCAAUAGCAAGAGGCUGGCGGCAUCAACACAUGGAGCGAGGUCUCAUUGCUGUUCGAGAUCAAUACGAGCCAGAUUCAUUUGCAACAGCCAAGUUGCCAGAUGACGUCGAUUCACAUGCAUUCUCGAAAUUUGCUGGAGCCUUCUUUCAGGAGGGCCACACUUGGGGAUUCCAGCAGCGGCCACUAUCUCAACCAUUAACCAAACUCUCAUCUGAAAAGCUGCAGCUCGAGGCUGUAGCCAUUUUCAAAAUGAUUAUGAGGUUCAUUGGUGAUCCUGCGGUGAGUGGGCCACAGGAAGUUGCCAUUGGAAAUUACAUCAUUCAGAAGGGCAUCGCAUAUCCAGAACUGAGAGAUGAAAUUUACUCUCAGUUGGCAUGUCAAACGUGCAGCAGUAAUGACGAGGGCAGCGAACGAGGGUGGCUGCUGAUGGCGUUGUGUCUUUGUGUGUUUUUGCCUUCGCCGGUGCUUUACAAAUAUCUGCUGAACUAUGUUUCUGGCUGUGGAAUGAACGGCUACAACGGUUUCUGUCAACGACGAUUGCUGCGUUGUGUUAUCUCUCUAAGUGACAUUUUUCGUUCCCACCCUCCAUGCAUGCUCGAAUGGAAAGCAUGCAGGAGCUUUUCAACAAUGGUUCUUCCUUUCGCUUUUGCCGACGAUGUAAAACUGUGGGCUGUUGUUGAUUCGUGGACGACUGCUGAAGAGAUGGCCACUUGUUUGUUGCGUCAACGAGGCAUUGAGGUCGGCCAUAGUGGAUGGACGAUUGUACUUCUUGAAGAAACGGAACGACAUGAGCUGUGUGGGUGUGACUUUGUGUUGGAUCUGUUGGCAGAGUUGGAGGUGCCACCUGAUUUUCCAUGUUCACCGUCACCAGGAUUCUCUACUAGAGCGUAUGGUGGUGUACAAUCGGGUGCAAAGUAUAUGGCAGCUAUGAGGGGUGACUCACCACUAUUGGGUCGUCGUUCCUACCGAUCACGACAACAAGUUAGCAACAGCCAAUCAACGAAUCGAGAUCAAAUGGAGCAACUAAUGGCCGGACGUCGAAAACGACCCGCACUACACACACACCAGAAUUUCUCUCUCUUUACUCCUCCUUCUGUCGUCCAGCCUGUUCGCGAAUCAAAGAAAGAAGGCGGACGUCGCUCUGUAACUGACUUUUUGGACAGUCUAUUUGAACCUGUGCUGUCAGACAGCCUUGAAGACCUGACCAAUCCUUCUUUACUGCAGACUAAGCUAAAAGGCCGGGGAGGUAUGCCACCUCCUCCUUCGCCUCCACCUCCUCCUUCGCCUCCCAAUCCAGGAGGUCAGAAGAAACUCAUCGGUGCUAUUCCUCUGGCACUGUAG